CGAAAAAGCAAGAAAAGGUAACAAGUGGCCCAGACCUCGACGCCGGCGGGGCUCUCCACAUCGUCAUCGCCGCCGGUCGGCAAAUAACGUCACACAGCAGAUCACCAACCACUCACUCCCUUCUCCCUUCCUGCUGCCCACAGCUUCUCCUGUCACGCAGCUGCUAUUAUCUGCACUGCAAUUGCAUACAUACAUCUGUCCACUGAACCAUUGCUCAAGCUUAUUUUGUCCUGUUCCAUUACUCAUUGUCUAGCCUGCACAACAGCUUUGUGCACUCUACCCCGCCAUCUUAGUUCGACGAACCCGACGUCGUGCUACACCAACUUGCUGCUACUACUACUCCCAUUUCCCACCCCCUCUACGAUCUAUUUCUGCAGUAUAGCAAUUAUGGCCCCUUCGGAUGUCGACCAGCUCUUGGAAAUGGGCUUUGACAAGGAGAGAGCUGAACUUGCAGUGUCGAAGACAGGGGGUCUCCAAGGAGCUCUCGAGUGGCUUGAAAGAAAUCAAGACAAGUCUCUUGACGAAAUCAAAGCAGCCGAAUCAGAACAGGCCGAAGCAGAAGAGGCGCCGGCGCUCCAGCCCGGCGAGCAACCUCGCAGUCUCAUUUGCAACGAAUGUGGCAAGAAAUUCCGGAGUCAAUCCCAAGCCGAGUUCCACGCGUCGAAAACAGAACAUGUUGAUUUUUCAGAGUCUACGGAGGAAAUUGCCCCUUUGACAGAGGAGGAAAAGAAAGCCAAACUUGAAGAAUUGAGGGAGAGACUUGCGGCAAAACGAGCGGCGCAGUUGGAACAAGAAAAGAUAGAUAAGAAGAGAAACGAGGAAAUCAGAAGGAAGAACACCAAGGAGAGCCAAGAUAUCAAGGAAGAGCUUCAACGGAAGGCGAUGUUGAAAGAGGCAGCCCAGAAGAAAAAGGAAAAGCUCGAAGAGAUCGAAGCGAAGAAGCGCAUUAAGGCCAAGAUUGAGGCAGACAAGGCGGAACGACGACGGAAAGCUGAAGCGGAAAGGGCAGCGCGAGCAGGCCUGGCUCCUCCCGUUCACGCGGAACUACCACCUACACCAUCUGGCCCUGUCUCCUCCAAACCUGCCUCUACUUACACUGAAAGCCGUAUGAGAUUCCAGACGUCCAAGGGGAACAUCUUGAAGACAUUCCCCGUCACUACGACGCUAUUCGAGGUUGCCGCAUCCCUGAACAAAAAUGAUGGCAUUGAGGUACAGAGUUUCAUCCAGAACUUCCCGAGGAAAGUUUUUGACUCCGAAUAUUUCGGUGAGACGCUGAAGGAGCUGGGCCUUGUCCCUAGCGCCAGUCUCAUUGUUCAGUGACGUAUUUCUAGAGAAUUCGCCAGUGCGGGCAUACGAUGAUGACAAGAUGCAAGAAUUAAAAUGUAUACACUCAUGGCAGCACUACAAUUACAAGAUAAUCUCCA